ACAAAUUUACACAUGCCAAUUUGGACUAGGGUUGCACCAUUUCUGGAAACAAAAAUACCGGCCAGGUGGCAACCCUAAUUAGGACCCUAAACCCAAAGUUAUGCUACUGCACGGGUGUCAGAACCGGGGGGGCUAAGGGCCCAAUGGUUUCCUCAGAAACUGCCCCUCACCAGUUUCGGAAGUUGAUACUGCUGGGUGGAGAGCCACAGCCACUGUAGCCAUGCUCCCACUUACUGCACAAUAUUGCACAUUCACAUAGACACACACAUACAAGCAGUCUCACAGACACACACACAAACAAACAAAGCCCAUCUGCCCAACACUGAACCAGAGCCAUGUUCAGCCCUGCAGUGCUAUCAGGAGAGAUCCCCCCUCCUCUGGAAACCCAAGUGCAGCAGCAACCUCUCCCAUUCUGUCUCUCCACUUCCCCAGCUGUUUCCAGGGCAACCACUGUAUCCUGUGUAAACAAGUGAACUUGCCGGCAAUGGAGGAUUCCUGGGCAGGUGAUUGUGCUUAUACAGUGUUCUCAGGCUCCUGUGAGCGGGAUGUGAGUCUCUGUAAGAUAUUCUGGAACUCAGUGACUCUGCAGCCUCCACUGGAGUCUCGUCUGGUGUCGGGGGACAUAGAGCAGCGACUGAGGGCGGCAGGAAGCACCAAGCAGAAUAAGAAUAUUACACACCAGCAAUCUGUGGAAAAUCCAAAAAUGGAGUAUUUUCUUUUUGAAGCUCAGCAGAAACAAUAUCUAAAGGAGAAGGCAAAUUAUUUAAAUAAGGCUAAUAAGAGAGAGGAAAUUAUAGAACUUCUGAAGAAACAAAGAGAAGAACGAAUUAAGAAGGAAGAAAUUUCACAGGCAUAUAAACCACAAAUUACUGAGAAAAGGUCAAGGUCAGAUUCUUCAGGGUGUGAUGCUGAAGUAUUAGAAGAAAUAAGAGCUGUUCAGCGACUGCAGUGAUUAAAAGUGUUGGAAAAGCUUCUUUCUUUUCUCUAGACAUGACUGUGUUUUUCAAAAAAAUAUUAUUGUAUUUUAUAAACAAAAUGGACUUAUGUGAAUGUAUAAAUCAGUUCCCAAAAUAUACAAAUAAUGUUUCAUUAUGUAGCAAUGAACCCUAACAUUCCGUUUUAGAAUGGUUAUGUUUGCCAAGCCUUUGUUUUUAUUUUGAUUGUAUUGUAAAAUCACAAAUACAGAUAAGUUAUCCAGAAAGCUCCGAAUUACAGAAAGGCCAUCUCCCAUUGACUCUAUUUUAUCCAAAUAAACAAAUUUUUUAAACAUGAUUUCUUUUUUCUCUAUAAUAAUAAAACAGUAGCUUGUACUUGAUCCCAAUUAGCAAAUAAUGAAUCCUUAUUGAAGGCAAAACCAGCCAAUUGAGUUUAUGUUAAUGUUUACAUGAUUUUCUCGUAGACUUAAAGGAGAACUAAACCCUCCAACAGCUAAAAGCCCCAUUCGCCUCCUCCACUGCCCCCCCGUUUCCUCCUCACAUAUAGUUCAGCAAGAACAAGAGUCCCAUUCAGCCAAACUGACCUUAAUGUGCAGAGUAGCACAUCGGAGCUCAGAGCUGCCAUGUUCUGUUAUUUGCGGAGUGGGAGCAACAAAGGGGACCAGUGGAGAAGGCAAUGGGGGCUUUUAGCUGUCGGGUGGGGGUUUAGGUCUACUUUAACGUAUGAAGAUCCAAUUUAUGGAAAGAUUCCUUAUCAGGAAAACACCAGGCCCUGAGCAUUCUGGAUAACAGGUCCAAUGCCUGUAUAUUUGAACAUUUAGGUCAAUAAUAUGCAAAUUACAAUAUAUAGAUUAAAUUUGGCCUAAUUUUAUGUUUAGGAUCAUAUAUCCAUGUAGCUGCCACGGUAGUCGCCUGUGUCUAUGGAGGCUAAAGGCACCGCUCUUUUCAUACUGUUGUUUCGCAUAUUAAAGGUGAACCAAAGA